ACCAGCCACACCGUCCAUCAACAAGAGCUGCGGGAGAGCCUCUCCCACUUUCCCUUAAUCCCUAAACUAUCCUCAGAACACAUCUGACAGAUUUCUAGUCUGCAUUCGCUGUCUACAUAUCCUCGUUGUUGCGACUCCCGACCGACGCACAGCUGCGAGCUGCGACUUGGCACUGCACGACUACACCAGGUCUCGCAGAGCUUCGGCUCACACCUGAGAGCCGUCCCCAUCUCUCUCUAAGCACUUCUACGUGCAUAUACAUCACCAGCCAACAUGGCUCCUCUCCCCGACUCCCUUCUCUCCCUCUCUCGGUCUCUGCUGCCGGAGCAGUACCACCCUACCAUCAAUGCAGACAUCCGCUCCCUCUCCCCGGUGGCCGUCUACGACCUUCACCUCGCCAAACGAAGCCCCUACCAGGCGAAUCCUGCCCAAGGCGCGAAGCCCGCAAAGGCCUACAACAACCUUGGCAUUCAAAUGCUGUUCGCCUUAAUUGGUGUUGGCAUGGUGUUGACGAGCCUGUGGUUCUUCUUCUGGGCCAAGAACGGAGGCUUCAAGUGGAAGGAGAAUGACUGGGAGGACUACAAGUCUACUGUUCUCCGGCGCAAGGGCCCAGAUGGAAAGACGCUCUCCAACGCCACAAAGAGUACGAACCUCGGUGGUGGAAGCGUUGUCCAUGGUGGCAGCUAUGGGGUUGAGAGCAGCGUGGGGUAUACCGACGAGACUGGCACGAGCGUAGGCUUCGGCGAGAUGCGAGAGGUUGAGGAAGAAAAGGGACGCCGUCACUUUGGACUUCGUGGUGGUGAAGCUAAGAAGCAUCGUCGCGAAAGUACCUCGAAUCGCAAGGACCCCGAGCUUCGCGAAUAUCGCCAUGAGAAGCCUGCUCGUGUUGGUGGUCUCAAUCGUCAAGCUGAUGGCAUCUAUACCGACUACUCAAACACUGAACCCUCUGAUCUAGGCUCCAAUGUCUCCGGCAAGCCUCUCGUUACCCCUAAGGACAAGAAGAAGGAAGCCAAAGCUAAAGAACGCCGUGCUAAAGAGCGCAUGAGGCUGGCUAAAGAAGCUGAGAAAGUCGCCCUCAAGAACGCCGCCGCUGAAGCCAAAGCAAAGAAGGAAAACGAAAAAGCCGAGGCAAAGAAGACCAAAGCCCAGCAAAAGGAGCAGAGGAAACAGAAGAAGUCCACUCUUACCGAAGCCACUCCCACCGAGGCCACUCCCACUGAGGCCGCUCCUACCGAGGCCGCUCUCUCUGAAGCCGACAUCACAGAAGCCGGCCCAGCAACAGCAGGCCCAGCAGGCCGUCGCGCUCCCCCUUCAGCUGCAUACUCUUUCACGACCGGCGACGACACCAACACCAUCUACACGGGCGCCUACACCGACAACCGCACCGCCCCGUCCGAAAUCAACGAAUCCUCAUACUACUCUGACUACCGUCCCAACGCAGACCCCGCCGCUUUCGCCAAUGCAACAGCAAAUCGCUCCCGUCGCUCUCGUCCGGGCGAAUCUCGCUCCCGUCACUCCUCGCCUCGCAAACAGCAUCAGUCCCGCUCUCGUCCGUCGAGGACUCCGUCUGACAUCUUCACCCAGACUAAUGGCAAUGUCCAGGGUACCAUCUCGUAUCCGUGCCACAUCCCCGGCCUGAGUUCUGCGGGUAGUGUCGGUGUAUCGGAGAGUGUCAGUCAGGUUGCAGGACCGAGUCAAGGGGGAAAUAGACGUGGUGGACGCGAUGUUAUGGAUGGGUAUCGGCGAGGUGGUGUGAGGGCCGUGGGGAGGAGGGAUAGUUUGAGUGAUAGUGAUGCUUGAGCGAUCCAGGUGUGGAACAGGGAGGAUGAUGAGUUUCAGAUGAGUUUCAAUGGAUACCCGCAAGAAAGAUUGUGCAUACUUGGAGCUUGGAAAUCGCUUUGGUUGGCCCUUUAUUCGUCCUUUGGCGCUGGCGUUCGGCUUUCGGGGCUGGUAAUAGCGACGGGAUGAAUUGAUGGCUGAGGUUGCACAUAUCUGUACAGUGAAUGGAUUGGACCUGGACAAGAAUAGCUUCGGGAUCGAAUUGGAAUGAGGGAUGAGGUGUGGAUGGAUCAUGACUUUGUA